AUGAGCGAGGAACUGAAAGUGGUGCUGCGGCGCAGCGAGCAGCAUUCCGGUUUCGGGUUUUCGCUACUCGGAACCACCGGACCGCCACAUGUCAUCUACGACAUCGUCGAGAAUUCGCCGGCAGCCGAUUGCGGAGCGGUUGAGGCCGGGGAUGUCAUCCUCAAAGUCAACGGAACGGAUGUCCAUCGCUACACAACGAAGGAAGUUCUCAAAUGCCUGCGCCUGUCGGAAAAGCUGGUGACCUUGGAGCUGAAGCGAGAUCCCAAGCUCAAGGCGCGGAUCAAAGAGCAGCUGGCCAACACCCAGAGUCCGCACUAUGUGGACAUUGAGUCGCCGAACAUCUACGAUUACCACAGCAGCAGCACCAACUCCUCGCCAAAUCACCGGCCAAACGCUGGUGGCAAGGGGGCGGCGACCACGCCCUCGCAGAGCGGACUGCGCUACAAGUCACCGACGCACUUGCCCUCGCUGCGCCAGAAUUCGUCGCCACUGCUGGCGAGUGGAUCCACCACGACCACAACCACCGCCACGCAUACGCACAGCCACAGUCGAAACUCCUCGGCCAGCUCCACCAAGAUCAAGGUGGUGGAGACGAGCAUCACCACCUCGACCACGAACGUAGUGGGCCUCACAUCGCCCACGGGUAGUGUUGGUGGGGAGGCCACCUCACCCACCUUCCGCCCGUCACGCAUUCCACAGGCGCUCACCAAAUGUGCCGUACCCAAGCCCGUGCCCGUUCUCCAUUCGCCGCAGAAUAAGCGGCCACGCCCUUCGCAGAUUCCGACAAAGGCGGCGAACGGAAACGGGAACGGACAUACCGCCCAUCUGCCACCGCAAUCGCUGCAGCACUCCAACAGCUACAGCGGCAGUCCAGUGACUCGGCAGCGGUUUGCCGAUAGGGAGCCGGAGCGGGAACCGGAACCGAAUUCGGCGCCACCGCAGCCGGCGAAGGCGCCACGCUUUGAGGCUUACAUGAUGACCGGUGACCUUAUUCUUAAUCUGUCCCGGACACCGCAGACCAGCAAUCCGCUUCCCGCCCAGGCCAAAAAGAUUGACAGCCUUCGCGAUUCACCCAGUCGUUUAGUAAAUCCGCGUAUCAACGGCGCACUAGCACCGCGUGCCUCUGGUGAAUCCUCGCCCACGUCCUCCUCUUCGGUGGACUCGCCCACCAACACCAGCUCAGAUUCCGUGAAGCGCGAGGCGAAGCUGCUGCAGAAGCAACAGCAGCAGCAGCAGCAAACCUAUCAACAGCAACAGCAGCGGGACAGCAUCAACAACAGCUACAAUCGUAAGGAUUCGCUGACCAACGAUACGCUGCUUAUGUGCGAGGAGUUGGAGCCUGACGAGGAGGCCGAGUAUGUCCUGGAAGAGGACAACAAACAGCAGCGGCACCGCCAACAGCAACAACGAUACCGCCAGCAGCAGAAUCAGCAACGCUACGAAUACUACCAAAACGAGGACGAGCUGGAGGAGCAGGAGGAGGUUGAGGAGGAGCGCGAGGAGGAUCAAACUCACUACGACAUCACCAAUAUCGAAACCUAUCAAAGCGGUGUGGGCCGGGGUGACGACGAUGACAGUGAUCGGCAGUGCCUGGUAGACGACGACGAUGAUGAUGAUGCCUACGACGAUGAGGAGAACGAUGCGGGCGACGAGGACUACUCCACCAACUCGCUGGGCUCCGGUUCAGCCAAGCAACGAUUGCGGGCGUUGAAACAGCGCACUGCCACCCGCCAGCAGCAGCGAAAUCGGGAUGCCGUCGACUGUGCAGGACGCUCCGGAUCGGGAUCUUCUUCUACCACGGUCAAGAGCGAGGCUGGCGGUCUGGGCCUAGAUGAAACCUCCUUCUCAGUGCCAACCUCUCCGAUCUCGCUGUCGACGCCGCUGAUCGACAAGGAGACGGCCAACUCGGUGCCCACGAGCCCGGAACCCAGUUCGCUUGUUCCGGAGUCGAGCAGUGGCGCUGGCGCCGGAGCCGUGGUGGUGCGCCGGCACAACGGACAUGUGGUGCGGAAGUGUGAUGCCGCCGGUUUCCGCACUAGCAAGUCCGAGGACCAUCUGCAGCAGAUCCAGCGCGAGGGCAUCGCCGCCGUGAUACCCAUCGACAUUGAUGAGGAUGUGAAUAGUUCGCUGAACACGCUGCUGGACACGCGUCAGGACUCCGAGGACUCGCAGGCAUCGGAUCGCGAUCGGAUCGUGUGGACUUAUAAUGCGCCACUCCAACCGCAUCAGUUGGCAGCUCUCCAGCGACAGCAGCAACAGCAAGAGCAGCAAUUCCAACAGCAGCAACAGCAGCUCCACCAGCAACAUCUGCAACAACAGCAGCAGCAACAUCAGCAGCAGCAACAACAGCAUCAGCAGCAGCAGCAGCAACUCUACGGUCAGCAAUCGCAUUCAAAUUCACAUUCAAGUUCCAUUAGUUCGUCGCCCCAGCACUCGGCUGUGGGCAGUCCGGCCUCGCCCACGUCGGUUUCCUCGUCGGUGAUGUCCUCGUCGGGCUCCAAGGGCGCCCUGGGCCUGGGCAGCAGCAGCAAUGGUCCGAUGGCCGCCGUGCAGCAACAACAGCUGAGAGAGAGGGAGCAGGCCGGCCAGGUCGCACAACCGCCUAGCGGGAUUCCUGGCUUGCUUAGCUGCCCAGGUGGUGGGUCCGGAAACAAUGGUGGUGGUGGAGGCAUUGGUGGUGGUGGCAACAACGAUCAGAGCGUCUCAGAGGCCAUUUCGAAUAUAUCUAGUCCCGACUACCAAGACGACGAUAAUUUAUUGAGUUCUCGCGAUAUUCUAGGCGGCAUGGUACUUAGCGAUCCCAGUGAUUCGGACUCCACCAUCCUCGUCUCGGACGCGGCCGCGCAGCAGCGCCAGCAGCUCAAGCAGCAGUUGCGCGCCCAGCAGCAUCAGCAGAGAGAAAGGGAACGGGAUAGGGAUCGAGACAGGGAACAGUCCGAGCACAAGGUGGUCAUCCAAGUGCGCGGACUGGACAGCAACAGCAGCGGCGGCAACGGAACUAACGGCCGCUCCGAGGAGGAUGUGGUCACGCUGACGGACGAGCCGCUGGGCACGAUGACCGUUGGCAUGAGGGAUGCCUCGCCGCCAGUCUCUGACGAUGGCAGCGAUGUGGAGUCCCUCCACUCGUAUCACUACUCGCCCAAGGCCGUGGACAUGCCCUCGGCCAUACGCCUGGCCAAAAGACUGCACUCCCUCGACGGUUUCAAGAAGAGCGAUGUGUCGCGACACCUCAGCAAGAACAAUGACUUUAGUCGAGCGGUGGCCGAUGAGUAUCUCAAGCAUUUUACCUUUGAGAAGAAGUCACUUGACCAAGCGCUGCGUGAGUUCUUGCAGCAGUUCUCGCUGUCCGGCGAAACGCAGGAACGGGAACGGGUGCUGGUGCACUUCUCCAAGCGCUUCCUCGACUGCAAUCCUGGCACCUUCAACUCGCAGGACGCCGUGCACACGUUGACCUGUGCCAUAAUGUUGCUGAAUACGGACUUGCACGGCCAGAACAUAAAUCGUAAGAUGAGCUGUGCGGAAUUCGUCGACAACCUGGCAGAUCUCAACGAUGGCGAGAACUUUCCCAAGGAUGUGCUCAAGUCGCUUUACCAGGCCAUUAAGACCAAGCCGCUUGAGUGGGCACUAGAUGAAGAGGCAGGUGAUCUGCAGCAGCAAAGAGCCAACAAUAGUGCCCUGGGCAAUGUGGGCCACAAUCCCUUCCUCGAUCCGCCGGAACUGGCCACAGCUGUGGAAUACAAAAAAGGCUAUGUGAUGCGUAAAUGCUGCUAUGACAGCAGCUUUAAGAAGACUCCCUUUGGCAAACGCUCCUGGAAGAUGUUCUACUGUACGCUGCGUGAUCUUGUGCUGUAUUUGCAUAAGGAUGAGCACGGUUUUCGUAAAAGUCAAAUGUCCGACAAUCUGCACAAUGCAAUACGCAUACAUCACGCACUGGCCACCAAGGCCAACGACUACACCAAGAAGCAACAUGUGUUCCGGCUGCAGACGGCCGACCAGGCCGAGUAUCUGUUCCAGACCAGCGACUCCAAGGAGCUGCAGUCGUGGGUGGAGACGAUCAAUUACGUGUGCGCCGCUAUAUCAGCGCCUCCGCUCGAGGGCGGGGUGGGAAGUCAGAAACGAUUUCAGCGUCCGCUCCUGCCCAGCAAACAAUCCAAGCUUAUGCUGAAAGAACAGUUGGAUUCGCACGAGGUGCAGUUGGCGCAGUUGGAUCAGGAGCUUAACGAGCACAAGAAAGGUCCUAUUCCCAGCAAGGGCUUGGCUCUGCAGAACUACAAGGAAAAGGAAAGCUACUUGCAGUAUGAACUUCGUCGUUACCGCACCUAUGUGAGCAUUCUGAGCGCCAAGAUGCUGGCUGAUCAGCAGCAGCUGGAGCUGCAGGCGCAGCAGCCGUCUCCAGCGUCGCACGAGGAAGAGGCCGACACAUUCCCAGUGGGCACCACCGCCUGCACGCCCCCCACGCCGCAAAGUAUUAACCAGAAGGAUCAGCAAAAGGAGCAGCAGCAACAGCCAACGAACAGACCGCCCAGAAUCUCGGUGUCAACCAGUUUGGCCUGGCGCAAAAUCUUCUGGGACUCGGUUUGCUGCGGUGUUCUGUUGUGUUGCUGGCAUUAUUGUACUGUGCUCACUGUUAUUCCCUAAUACUUUCUAUGUGUAAAUAUAUUUCGUGUGCGUUAUUUUUGUUUGGCAUUUUGCUGGCAUCAUAUUACCACAUCCCCACAUAAACAAGCUUUACUUUUGAAUAGUUUUAACUACGAUACGUAUAACAAUAACUGAAUUCAGACUUAAGCGUUGCGCGUAGGCAAUUAAAACCACGAGGAGACGGAGACCCCUAAUGUAAUUAGUUCUUAUGUGAAAAUGGUUUUAUUUUGGAAGCAACCACAACCACACAACAUGCUGUGAAAACUCAAUGAACAAUUCGAAAUUGAUAAUUAGGAAUUUAGAAAACCAAAUUUCAAACGAUUUAGAGUCAAGAUUGGAAUGGUUAACUAUAGAAAGCAGUUUUUUGUAGCACUAGUAGCAAUCCAAAGUUUUGGCGUUAAAUGUAUACAAACCGAAAAAUAUAUUUAGAAACGAAAUUAAACAAAGAAUUGUAGAAAACACAAAUGUGGUUCACUAGUAGCAAACGUUUACGUUUAAGCCUAAGCUAGCGGCAUUCCAAAUAUACAUGCAACAACAUAAUCACUCAAAAAGAAAAAAGGAUUAUACCAGUUUUAUAAACCCGCACACAUCGAACGGAUAGAUAUACAAUUUAUGUAGACGAAUCAUUUAAGUCAUCCCACACACACACUGUACACAAGUUGCUGGUGAUUUCACCGAUGUACCAUAUAUGACUCAUGCUAACCCGACGACAUUUGGUGACCCCGAGCCCUAGGUGAACCCAAAGCAGUUGCCGUUACUCGUUGCCCGUUGCCAUUCCUAUUUCCCGUUCAAAUGCGUUCAAAUGCUACGUUCCACCCAAAUGCAAGUGAAAAGUGAAAAGCAAAAACCAAAUGGAAGAAUUCUUCAAUCUUACAGAUGGUUCGAUGUCUUCUGCUGCUGUUGCCCACUCUGGCGGCACUUGAUCCAUUCGAAAAGCCAUUAAGCAACUUAGUCUCUUGCCAAGAUUUAGCCACAUCAGCCACAGCACACGAAGCACCACAACUCAGAGGCUAGUGAUCCGCUCCAAGAGGUGCUCCUUGUAAAUGCCCUGACCCGUACUGACCGACCUGAUCACCUGUCUUAUUAAAUGUGAGCAGGCCGAGGCCAAAACUCAAUGUUAAUUGUUAACUCUUCAGUGUCUAGCUUGGCUUAGUGCGAUCCCAAAACGAAUUCCCACCAUCCGACGACCCGUUUUUUUGUUUCCAAUCCACGAUUGCUAACCUCGCUUAUCGUUCUACACUUGCAGAAAAGAGAAGAAAAAGAAAUAAUUACGUUUUAUUUCGCUCUUGAUUUCGAUCAUUUCAAAACUCGCAUACCAACACACACACCUACAUCACAAUCUCCGCCUCCUGGCUAUCGGUAAGUGCCAUGCCCACAUUGAACCUACCAGCAACUUCGACUUAUGCGUGUAACUAUCUUUUCUCUCCCCACCAGAGAAGUAGGCGAUUGAACGAAUUUGAAUAGAAUACUCCAAAAUGCCACGCUGCCUCCGACGGGCACACAAACAGAUCAGAUCCAUAGAACCACUGAACCACUCACCCACUCGCAUACUCAGCACCACUCACGCCACGCCACGCCACCACCCACCCACUUACACUCAAGCGUUGCGGCUGUGCCGUGUCUGCCACUGAAGAAAUUCGGAAUUCGUGCACUUUCAAUCAGUUAAAACCCCAUCGGGGGUUACGAGGAAGAGAUCAUUUGAGACAAUUAGACUACCAACGCGAUAAUUAACGAGGGAGAAUUUUACGUUUGAAGGUCGUUCAUCAGAAGACAUCGGCAUAAUCUCGGCAACCAGAGGAUUAUCUCGAAUUCGAGCAGUUGAUUUUAUAUGUACCAUGCUACUUAUCCCGAAUGAGGGUAUUCGAGAUCGGUUUCACCUGAUUUCAUGCUACAUAGUCAAAGCGAUUCGAAUUUGAAUUAUCGUUCAUAUAUGCUCCGCCAAAGAUUCUGCUGGACGGCUGUUUAGGAACGAGAAUAAAAACUGCUUAUACACAUAGACUUAUUAUUACAAGAGUUGAUAAACAAUACUUACAUCAUUACCUAUGCUAUCAUUAUAAAUGAUAAAAAUAAAUUAUUAAUUAAUGAACAAUAUCUCUACACAACCACAAGAUGGAGAACAUCGGCAGUAACAAUAACGAAAUGAGAAUUGAGAAGAGGACAAGCGCAUUAGCAUUAAACCUAAGCAAUUACUACCAUACCGUGUACAACUUGUUUUUGGUCUUUUGCGAUACAUUAGGAACACUUACUCCAAUAUUAUGUACGGAUUAAUAUAUUUAUUUAAACAACUAUCGGUUGAUUACGCGACAUGUCCAUGUAGCUAGAAUAUGAAAUUAAAUAUCCAUUACGGGGUAAAGAGAGAUGGAGGAAACAAUAAAUUUAAAUGCAUCAUAUAUUUUUGAAUAUAUUAUGAUUAUUGUAUUGUGUAAUUAUGUAAAUGCAGAUUAUAUAACAUUGUUUAUAAUAAUUUUUAACAAAUCUACUGAAACGGCAAUAAAUUCGAAAAUACAAACUAACUAAAAGUGAAAGCAACUUGCCUCCUGCAAACCAAGCGCCUAAAUGUAUGCAUAUUGUAUAUUUAUUUAGUCAAACAUUUUAACUGGCUUACGAGGGCAUCACUUAGUUUCUAAAGCAAUACAUUUUCGAUAACAAUUCAUUUAAGACAACUUGCCAACUUGUGGCAAGAAGGGAAACAAGAAGACGAACGUGGAGACGGUGAUUUUUAUGUGAACAUUUAUUAAUAACUGAUAAGCUUUGAGUAAACUUAGGAAAGCCGUUAUACUAUGCAUAUACACCCAUAUAUAUAUUAAUAUAUAUAUGAACUAUAUAUAGUAUAUAUGAAUGAAUGCUCGUGUGAGCAACCAAACAAUUACGAUAUGAAUCAUUAAAUACUUCCGAAAGCAUUAAA